CAAUAAUCAGUGCUAAAAUGUCAAAAGAAAGUAAAAGACAAAAUAAAGAAUUAUUUGAGCAUUUGCAAGGUACUAUAGAAAGAGACAAAAUGCACUGGGUAAGAAAUGACGCAAAAAUUCGUGCAUGUUACACGUCAAAAAACUACGACGAAUUUAGAGAAAUCGUUGCUGCAGCACAUUUAAAGCCUUUAUCUAAAAAAGAUGUGGCAGGGAAACAGACUGAAUGGAAAUCUACUGAUUUGGAGUCAUAAAUUAAACAAGAGAAAC